AUGCCGCAUCUCGGAGGCAGAAACAGCUACAGCCGUGCAAGUGGGUGUGCGGUGUCCGAGCUGGCGGUGGCACAGCCCUGUCCCAGUGCUGGUAACCGCUUGCUGGCCUGGCCUCUGCCCGGCAGCCCCCGCAACUGGGGCCUGGACACUGACAACUGGCCUGAUUUCUUGGGAGACAUAGCUUCCAGAAGGAAAGAUUUGAUCAGAAAUGAGUUUUCAGAAACUAAAGCUUUAAUUGAAGAAAGAGAAAAUCAGACCUUAAAAGUAAUUGCAGAUGAAGAAAAAAGAGUUUGCAAUAAGUUUGAUUUUAUUUACGGUGUUCUGGGAAGUAAGAAGAAUGAAAUUCAGUCUCUCAGAGAUCAGAUUGAGAUGGCACUGACUGAAGAUGAUGACGUUCUGUUUUUGAAGAGAGCAGCAGCACUGCAACGAACGUUAACAAAAGACGCUUUUGUCCCUGCAAUUGAAAUGGACCAAAACUUGAUACAUUCCACUUAUCAAUCUGCCAUUAACCUUAAAGACAUUGUGAAACUUGCAGUGACCCAGUGUCCGGAGAAAACAGUAGAAGAGGAGAAAAAGAAACCUGUUAAAGUUGCACCAACCACGGGAACGGUAAAUGCUGCAGCUGCCGCUGCAGCUAAAGAGCUUAUUGACAGCUUUCUGAAGAAAUCCAGAGAGGAGCUUUUGCAGUAUGCUGCUAACAUCACGCUGGAUUACAACACAGCCCAUAACAAAGUGAUUCUGUCUGAGAGGUAUACCAAGAUGUCUGUCUCGGACACCCCCCUGCAUUAUAACCACCACCCGCAGCGCUUCACCGAUUGUUCCCAAGUGCUGGGCUUCCAGUGCUUCAAGAGAGGCAUCCACUACUGGGAAGUGGAGCUGCAACAGAACAACUUCUGUGGCAUCGGCAUCUGCUACGGCAGCAUGGCCCGGCAGGGUCCAGAGAGCCGCCUGGGGAGGAACAGCAGUUCUUGGUGUAUUGAGUGGUUUAAUUCCAAAAUAUCAUCCUGGCAUAAUGAUGUUGAAAAGUGCUUGCCCAGCGUGAAGGCUACCAAGAUUGGUGUGCUGCUCCACUGUGAGGGAGGGUUUGUGAUUUUCAUGGCUGUUGGGCAGAAGCAUAACUUGAUCUAUAAAUUCAAAACCCAGUUUACUGAAGCCUUGUACCCUGCCUUCUGGGUAUUUUCCAGUGGCACUGUUCUCUCUCUCUGCCAAGCGGAACAGUAA